GCAGCUGGUGCAGCCCGGAGCCCCAUGGUGCGGGGCUGCGGCCAGGCCGCAGGAGAAGCCUGAGCUCCGGGCCGCCCCGGCUGACCGUGCGGGCCCGCGCGGCCCGGAGCCGCCACUGCCUGUCGGGCCCCGCGGGGACGCGGGCCGGCCAGCCAUGGGGUCCCUGUUCCGGAGCGAGACCAUGUGCCUGGCCCAGCUCUUCUUGCAGUCCGGCACGGCCUACGAGUGCCUCAGCGCCCUGGGCGAGAAGGGCCUGGUCCAGUUCCGAGACCUGAACCAGAAUGUAAGUUCUUUCCAAAGAAAAUUUGUUGGUGAGGUGAAGAGGUGUGAAGAACUAGAGCGAAUAUUGGCGUAUUUGGUGCAGGAAAUUAAUAGAGCUGAUAUUCCCCUCCCUGAGGGAGAGACCAGUCCUCCUGCACCACCUCUUAAACAAGUGCUCGAAAUGCAGGAGCAGUUGUGGAAGCUGGAGGCCGAGCUGAGGGAGGUGACGAAGAACAAGGAGAAGCUGAGGAAGAGCCUCCUGGAGCUCACUGAGUACAGCCACGUGCUGCGCGUGACCAAGACCUUCGUCAGGCGCAGCGCGCAGUUUGAACCCACUUACGAAGAAUUCCCUCCCUUGGAGAACGAGUCUUUGUUGGACUACAGCUGUAUGCAGAGGCUGGGAGCAAAACUGGGAUUUGUGUCUGGCCUCAUUAACCAAGGGAAAGCUGAAGCGUUCGGGAAAACGCUGUGGCGAGCCUGCAAAGGGCACAGCAUCGUGACGCAUGCAGAGCUGGAGGGGCCCCUGGAAGACCCUGAAACGGGAGAAGUCGUAAAAUGGUACGUGUUUUUGAUAUCCUUCUGGGGAGAGCAGAUUGGCCACAAGGUUAAGAAGAUAUGUGAUUGUUACCAUUGCCACGUUUACCCCUACCCGAAUACCGCCGAGGAGCGGAGAGAGAUUCAGGAGGGCCUGAACACCCGGAUUCAAGAUCUGUAUACUGUGCUUCACAAAACCGAGGAUUAUUUAAGGCAAGUGCUCUGUAAAGCCGCCGAGUCAGUCUACAGCCGCGUCAUCCAGGUGAAGAAGAUGAAAGCCAUUUACCAUAUGCUGAACAUGUGCAGCUUCGACGUGACCAACAAGUGCCUCAUUGCCGAGGUCUGGUGUCCCGAGGCCGAUCUGCACGAGCUGCGCCUUGCUCUGGAGGAGGGCUCGAGAGAGAGCGGUGCUACAAUCCCCUCAUUCAUGAACACAAUCCCAACCAAAGAAACACCCCCGACUCUCGUCCGCACCAACAAAUUCACCGAGGGGUUUCAGAACAUCGUGGAUGCCUAUGGGGUUGGGAGCUACCGAGAAGUGAACCCAGCUCUGUUUACCAUCAUCACUUUCCCCUUUUUAUUUGCCGUGAUGUUUGGAGACCUUGGACAUGGCUUUGUGAUGUUCUUAUUUGCCCUCCUGUUGGUGUUAAAUGAAGAUCAUCCCAGACUAAGUCAGUCACAAGAGAUCAUGUGGAUGUUUUUCAACGGUCGCUACAUCCUCCUGCUGAUGGGGCUGUUCUCGGUGUACACGGGCCUCAUCUACAACGACUGCUUUUCCAAGUCGGUCAACCUCUUUGGCUCCGGGUGGAACGUGUCUGCCAUGUACAGCUCCAGUCACAGCCCAGCGGAGCAGAGGAAGAUGACGCUUUGGAAUGACAGCGUCAUCAGGCACCACAGGGUGUUGCAGUUGGAUCCCAGUGUUCCCGGAGUGUUCCGAGGCCCUUAUCCUCUUGGCAUCGAUCCCAUUUGGAACUUGGCCACAAAUCGUCUCACUUUUCUGAACUCUUUCAAAAUGAAAAUGUCUGUGAUUUUAGGAAUUAUUCACAUGACUUUUGGAGUCAUUCUGGGAAUAUUUAACCACUUACAUUUCAGGAAGAAGUUCAACAUUUAUCUGGUUUCCAUCCCAGAACUUCUCUUCAUGCUCUGCAUCUUUGGCUACCUUAUAUUUAUGAUUGUCUAUAAGUGGCUGGUUUAUUCAGCAGAAACCUCCAGAGUCGCUCCUAGCAUUCUGAUUGAAUUUAUUAACAUGUUUUUAUUCCCGGCUAGUGACACAGGUGGUCUUUACCCAGGGCAGGAGCACGUCCAGAGGCUGCUUCUGGUCAUCACAGCGUUGUCUGUCCCUGUGCUCUUCUUGGGAAAACCACUCUUCUUGUGGUGGCUUCACCAUGGGCGCAGUUGCUUUGGGGUCAGCAGGAGUGGUUACACACUUGUAAGGAAAGAGAGCGAGGAAGAAGUUUCUUUGCUGGGAAGCCACGACAUAGAAGAGGGAAACAACCAAGUGGAAGAUGGAUGUAGAGAAGUGACGUGUGAAGAGUUUAAUUUUGGAGAAAUAUUGAUGACCCAAGUAAUUCAUUCCAUCGAGUACUGUCUGGGAUGCGUCUCCAACACGGCUUCGUACCUGAGGCUCUGGGCGCUCAGUUUGGCUCAUGCACAGUUGUCCGACGUGCUGUGGGCCAUGCUGAUGCGGGUCGGCCUCCGCGUAGACGCGGCCUACGGGGUCUUGCUGCUGCUUCCGGUCACGGCUCUCUUUGCAGUUUUGACAGUUUUCAUCCUUUUGAUCAUGGAAGGGCUUUCUGCAUUUCUUCACGCCAUCCGCCUCCACUGGGUAGAAUUUCAGAACAAAUUCUAUGUUGGUGCAGGCACCAAAUUUGUUCCUUUCUCACUCAGAUUACUUUCUUCAAAGUUUAGUGACGACAUGGCAUGAUCAUAUUGCCGUAUCCAACAAGCUUUCAGAUUUAAGGAGAAUUAUCAUGUUGUAGAAUUUCCUUAUGUUAAAUUGACAAUAGGAAAUGUUCCAUCUUCAUUAACUGCCUUAUGAGAUAGCCAAAUGAUUCUGUAAGAUAUACCUCUUCCUCAUAUGUUAAAUAUUUUGUAAGGUUUCUCAAUUUCAGAUAUAUAAAUUUCUUUCAGUUUUUAUGAUGAGCAAAUAUAAGUUAAUGCCAAAAGUUAUGCUAAAGUUAUUUUAAAAAAUAUAGCCUUGGGGGAGAGAAGCCAAUUUUGAAUGGCUAGUUGAAAAUGGUCUUAAAUACUUGAUUCCUUUUCACUUAUUUUUAAAAAAAAAGCUAGAGGGCUUCCCUGGUGGCGCAGUGGUUGCGCGUCCGCCUGCCGAUGCAGGGGAACCGGGUUCGCGCCCCGGUUUGGGAGGAUCCCACAUGCCGCGGAGCUGCUGGGCCCGUGGGCCAUGGCCGCUGAGCCUGCGCGUCCGGAGCCUGUGCUCCGCAACGGGAGAGGCCACAACAGUGUGAGGCCUGCGUACCACAAAAAAAAAAAAAA